AUGGACGAGCCGGUCUUAUCCGCCGCUGACGUGGCGUUGUUUGAUAGGGUGCGGAGGCUGUACCCCGAGGGACAACCCAAGGGGAGCGGUCAGGGGGAGGAGGACCGCGUCGCGUUCCUAUUCCUGACACGUGGACCCAUGCCUCUUAGUAGACUAUGGGAGAGGUACCUACGGGGCCACGAGCGGCGGUACUCAAUCUACGUGCAUGCAGCGCCGGGGUUCCAGUAUCCCUUGGACUCGUCGCCUGUGUUCUACGCGCGGGAGAUCCCCAGCGAGAAGGUGCAGUGGGGCGACCCCUCCAUGGUGGCGGCAGAGCGACGCCUCCUGGCGAACGCAUUGCUGGACCCGGCCAACAAGAGAUUCCUCAUCGUCUCUGAGUCAUGCAUGCCUCUGCACGACUUCCCCUUCACAUAUCGCUACUUGAUGGCGGAAAACCAGAGCCUGCUGCACAGUGCGUGCAACAACGAUUGGAACUGCAUGGGGCACUACAGCAGUCGCAUGCAGCCGCACGUGCAAAGGAACCAGUGGACCAAGGGCUCUCAGGUAUACUCCAUUCACUUCAAAUAA